AUGAGUUUUAUAAUCUGGACAAUGUGGGAUUCUGGUAAAAACGUCCAGACACACAUGCAUCAAGCCUACACUCCGCGGCCGCUGCUGGUGAAAAUCGUCAUGGCCGGAGAGUCCUGCGUGGGGAAGACUUCCAUCGUGCGCAGCUACACGGAGCCCGGCUCGUCUUCCGCCGGCUCUGCUGCCACUUCGUACAUGGCCACGAUCGGCAUCGAUUUUAAAGUAAAGCCAGUAAUGUUUAAUGAUACAAGAGUGAAACUUCAAAUAUGGGAUACUGCUGGCCAGGAGCGGUUCCAUACACUUAGUACCAGCUAUUUCCGUGGUGCACAAGGCUUUGUUCUUGUAUAUGACAUCACAAAUCUGAAGAGUUUUCAAAGUAUAACAAUCUGGAUGAAUGACAUAUAUGAGAAAGCAGGUGAUGAAGUGGACGUAAUACUGUUGGGCAACAAGUGUGAUAAGGAGUCAGAACGGGUAGUUCCAAAACAGAAAGGAGAAAAGCUUGCUUGGGAGUAUGGAAUGCCAUUUUUUGAGACCAGUGCUAAAGAAAAUGUGAACAUUGAGCAUGCAUUCUCAGUCUUGACUAAGGAAAUCCUGGAAAAGAAAUCCUGUGUAUUACAUGACUUAGACAUUGUGUCUCUAAAAGAAACUAAGAAGAGAACCUGCUGUGCAUUCUGAAAUACUGUUUCUUAUUCUGUUUUCUCUUUGGGAAGUACCAAGUGUUACAAAGGAACAUACAAGGUUUUAAAAGUGAGCCACAAAAAUAGUGUUUAGGCAUCCUUUGCAUUACACAGACUUUGUUGCCAAUUUUUUUAUAUGUUUAUAUUAUAUUUUCAUAUUUUUAAUGUGAAGAUAAAACAGUUGUCUGAUUUUGGAAUUAUUAGAUGUAUCACAGGGUGACAGUGCUUGAAUGCAAAUGCAGAAAUGAAGUCUAAAUACACUAAUUUUCUGUUAUUAAAAAAACACCCUUCACUUCUUUUGUAUGUGUUAUUUAUAUGAGAUUUGUAAUACAAUGAACAUUGACAUCAUCACAUAAUCAACCUUCUAUAUGAAAUCAUUUAAUGUCUCUUUAAGUACUUGAUAUUUACUGCAGUCCCAUAAAACAAGUCUCAGAGAAUUUUUGGCUUGGUUUCUUUUAUACCCAUUUCAGACACGUACGUGCUACUUCAAUACCCUUGAAUAGGGACUCUGCAAAGGUGAUGCCUGAGAGAAAGGGAUAAACCAUAUAAAGAUUGGUGUCAUAGAAUAGUUUGGGUUGGAAGAAAGCUUGAAGAUCAUCUAGUUCCAACCUCCCUAAUAUGGGGAGGGACACCUUCCACUAGAUUGUGUUGCUGGACCUUCCAAAGAAUUCAGAAAACAUGGAACAACAGAAU